CUGUUGUAUGUUUUUUUUCUGUAUUUGUUUCUAUUCAUGACUGUUUCUUAUAUAUACCACUAUACCUACUAGUAGAUUUAGUUAUAUAUCCGUCCACCGUCAUACGAAGACAAACCACUACCUCCACAUCUUAGGUUGGAACACCAUGAUUCUCACCUCUUUCCUGGCCCUGGCUAUCCUCGGGUUAGUCAAUGGACUCGCCCUCCAAAGACGGUUCGAUAAUGGCGACUUUCCCACUGGCGAGACCGACCCCAAUGUGACCAGUGCAUGUACCUACUGGGCCAACUCUAUCGAGUCAACGGAUACCUGUGCGGGCCUUGAGAGUUACUAUGGGAUUACAGUCGCACAGUUGGCUUCCUGGAAUCCCUCUCUAUCAACCACUGACUGCACCCUCACGGAGGGAUGGAGUUACUGCGUCGCAGCGCCCACAGCGGCAACCACCAUCGCAGCCACGAGCGCUGUGUCUACCUUGUCUUCCUCGUCUUCCUCCCUUCCGACAACAACGACUUCGGUCACAAAUACGGCAAGUGACCCUUCGCCAACCCAAACCGGCUUAAUCUCGACCUGUGAUGCCUUUUAUUACGUGCAGCCCGGGGAUUCUUGCUGGGCGAUUGCCAACUCGUAUGGCAACUUUACACUCGACCAGUUCUACUCCUGGAACCCGGCCGUCAAGACUGACUGCUCCAGACUGCAGCCAGACUAUUAUGUUUGCAUCGGUGUCGCUGGGUCCACGGCCGCCUCAUCGACAACGCUUCCUGCUACUACUACCUCAUCCACCACCCCGACCGGAUCUUACUUGCCCCAGCAGACUGGAAUUGCAUCCAACUGUGAUGAAUACUACUACGUACAAUACGGCGACACCUGUUCCGCCAUUGCUACCAACCACGACAUCAGCCUGAGCGAUUUCUACGCUUGGAACCCGGCCGUCGGUACAACCUGUAGCAGCCUGGAUGCCGACUACUGGGUCUGCGUGGGAGUAUCUGAGCAUCUCUUCUUUCUUCCUUCAAUUUCCAAAACCAGGGCAUGGUACAAUCCAUGA